UUACCUGUCGGUGGCAUCUCUAUAAUUGUUAUUAUUUAUUUUAUUUACUUGUGUGGGUGCGCGGUGUGUUGAAUUAAUAUAUUCAAAUUACAUGGAAUCGUAGUUGAUGUGAAAAGCUGUCCCGAAAGCUCGGCGCAGAUAGCUUAAACCUGUUAUCAGGCAGCGAACGUUUUGAUUGCGACUCGUGAGCGUUGUUACUUGUUUUCGACCAGUGCUACGCUCAUUUUCGUUCCAUCAGUGGCGCACUAAAGUUCCCCGAUCCGCUGCGCUGCCAUUCUACACAAUCACAUAUAUGUAUCAAAUAGCUGGAAUACAUACAUAUAUGCUUAUGUAUAUCUUGUGAUUUCGCUGUGUAAACAACACUCGCGAAUCCAGAAUUCCUCGUAUACACAGAUAAAUCUAUAUAGUAUAGUUGAACAAAAAAUCACACGGAGUGGUGCGCCUGAAAAACCCGUGAGUCAUCGCGACGUGGCCGCAGCAGAUAAUUUCCCGUCCGUCGAGACAUCGGGGAAGUACCUAAAACGAAUGGUCAGGCUAAGGCAAUCGAAGCAGCUCGUUUCGAUCAUUAGUGUUUCGAUCGGCGAAGGCAGCGGUUCAGUUUGCGAAUUGUUAAGACGCAAUUAAUCGGAAAUAUUGACGGAAUAAUAAUAAUACGGAAUACAUGAACAUGAAUCAGUACUACGACCUGGACAAGGGGAAAAAUGUGCUGUUUCUGAACGAUGCAUCCAGCACUAGUGGCUAUAGUAGCGGCAAUUCCCCAAAUUCUACCACUCAAUCCUUGUCGCCCGCCCACUCUCCCGAAACGAUGGCCCUACAAACGGAUUUCGCCAAUCUCAACUUGCCAGCCGGCAACUCACCACAGCAACCGCCACUCGCGAGUUCACCAUACCAACAUCAGCUGUUAAACAACGGUGGAAUCUGCCAAUUAGAUGCAAGUAAUUUGAUAAAUUCCGCUGGAGUUGCAAACGCAACGAGUUUUGGAAACAUGUACAUGGAUCAUCAGUACUAUGGGCCCCCGCCCGCUGCAGUGCCUGCUGGCCAGCACUUUGGUUACAAUCAAAAUGGAAUCGCCUUCGAAGGCGAUAACAAACACGUGCCGCAGCUGAGAAUUGUGGAGCAACCAGUGGAAAAGUUUCGGUUUCGUUACAAAAGCGAGAUGCAUGGAACACAUGGAUCGCUUAAUGGCGCCAAUUCGAAAAGGACGCCCAAAACCUUCCCGGAAGUCACAUUGUACAAUUACGACGGACCAGCUGUGAUCCGCUGUAGUUUGUUUCAAACAAAUCUGGACAGCCCCCAUUCCCAUCAGUUGGUUGUGCGAAAGGAUGAGCGAGAUGUGUGCGAUCCGCACGAUCUGUACGUGUCCAAGGAUCGCGGCUAUGUGGCCCAGUUUAUUAACAUGGGUAUCAUACAUACCGCCAAAAAGUAUAUUUUCGAGGAGCUCUGCAAGAAAAAAGAGGAUCGCCUGGUCUUCCAGAUGAACCGUCGCGAGUUGUCCAACAAGCAGUUGCAGGAACUUCAUCAGGAGACGGAGCGGGAGGCCAAGGACAUGAACCUGAACCAGGUGCGACUCUGCUUCGAGGCUUUUAAGAUCGAGGAUAAUGGCACAUGGGUGCCACUUGCACCGCCCGUAUACAGUAAUGCGAUCAAUAACCGCAAGUCUGCCCAAACCGGAGAGCUACGAAUUGUCCGUCUGAGCAAGCCAACAGGCGGAGUGAUGGGCAACGAUGAGCUAAUACUCCUGGUGGAGAAAGUCAGCAAGAAAAACAUCAAGGUUCGAUUCUUCGAAGAAGAUGAGGAUGGUGAAACUGUGUGGGAAGCAUAUGCCAAGUUCCGGGAAUCUGAUGUUCAUCACCAAUAUGCCAUUGUGUGUCAGACGCCUGCGUACAAGGAUAAGGACGUAGACCGUGAGGUGAACGUGUCAAUUGAGUUGAUUCGUCCCUCCGACGAUGAGCGAUCUUUUCCGCCUCUACCAUUCCGUUACAAGCCACGGGACGCUAUUGUGUCCAGGAAACGCCGACGUACCUGUUCCUCGGCCAACAGCAGCAGUUCGGGCAAUGCCAGCUCUAAUAAUUCCCUUGAUCUGCCCAAAACUCUGGGUAUGGCGCAGCCACCAAAUGGUUUGCCAAACUUUUCGCAACAUGAUCAGACAAUAAGUCAGGAGUUCGGGCGGGAAAUGCAUCUGGAUGAUUUGAUUAAUUCCGAAAAUUUCCGCAAACUUAUCGAAGAAAACUCUAACGAUCUGGAAAAGUUCUGUCAGGUAGAUAUGGGCGAAUUGCAAAACGAUGGUCAUGGGCGAUCGGAGGUGCUAUCAAGCCGAAAUCUCACUAGCAAAUACUUGAAUGCUAUAUUCAAGAUUUUCGAUCUACAUCGCCGAAAGCCUGUGGAAAAUAUGCGCCGCCAAGUGGAGGAGUUGUUUACAGAGCAUGCUCUAAAGAAUGAAAAUAAUGACACGCUUCUGCACGAGGUGAUUAGCUAUAAAAAGGACAACCUGAAGUUGGCCAUAAAGACAAUACAGGUGAUGAACUACUUCAAGCUGGGAGAGCUGGCCAACAGUGCAUUGAACGCAGAUGGAGACAGUGCGCUUCAUGUGUCCUGCCAACAGGAUCGACCACACUAUAUUCGCCCAUUGGUAAGCCUGGGUUGCAGCCCCAAUCAGCAGAAUCACGCGGGGGAUACCCCAUUACACUUGGCCGUCAGGGAGGAGAGAUUGAAUUGCGUGGAGAGCUUCCUAAAGGAAAUGUCCAACGUUCGACUAGAUCUCUCGCUGAAAAACGACGAUGGCCUAACACCUUUGCACAUGGCCAUUCGGCAAAACAAGUACGAUGUGGCCAAGAAACUAAUCAGCCAUGAUAGGAGCUCGAUUAACGUUGCUAAUACAAUGGAUGGUAAUAAUGCACUCCACAUGGCAGUUCUGGAGCAAAGUGUGGAGCUGCUGGUGCUUAUAUUGGAUGCCCAGAAUCAAAACCUCACCGACAUUUUACAGGCUCGCAACGCAGCCGGCUAUACCCCACUCGAAUUGGCCAGACACAAGGCCAACGAACGGGUGGUGCAGCUGCUGGAAAAGGUAUACUCGGAAAAGGGGGAACUGGCCAUGACCUGGAUUCCACGAAAGGUCAAAGAGGAGAUCGAUUCAUCUUCGGACGAAAGCAGUGAUGCUGGACAACUUGAAAUCAAGUCCGAGGAGAUGGAUAUCAAAACAGAGGACGAUGAUUCCGUGGAGUUGGAUUUAAGCAAUGGACGACGAAGACGUGAAGAAGAAGCCAGUAGGGACAUCGAAAUGCAGCCGGGCACCCAGAAAGAACUGCAGCUACUUCUCAAGAACAAACCCAUCUAUGACCAGCUCUGUUCCCUGUUGAACGAACCCUUAGGACAUGGGCCCGAUCCAAAGGUGCCGAAAUGGAAGCAGCUGGCCCGUCAAACGCAUCUGGAUCAGUUUGCCUUUAUGUGGCUGGAAGCCGAUGGCCUGUUGGACUACAUUAAGGAAAAUAACUCCAGUGUGGAGUUUUCAGCAUUCAGUCGCGCCCUGCAGACAAUUGAUCACCAGGCGUACGCCCUAGUGAAUCGGAAUUUACAUUAGACCUUAGGUUACUCCUCCCCACAUCUUUACUUCCUCAUAGCCCUAUCAAAAAAAGAUAAUGCUUAAUUUUGUAUUGAACAUGUUGAUUAAUAAAGUACCUUAGUUGUAUAUUUACUUACCUAUAAAA